GGCUCUCUGCAAAACAUGUCGAGAGGUGAUUUUGAUCCUUGUUCUCGUGACCGCUGCGGCGCUGCUGGUAUCAUGGCCUGCAGGCUGCAACACAGUUCCUGGGCUAAAGUACGGGACCCAAGGACCAAUGCAUCAAGAACGUACUGCAAGGCUAUUCAUGCGUCGUGCAUCAACUACUGUCGCGGCCAGCCGAUAGUACUCUUCCUAGCUUUGCCAGCGGCACAAAUCCAUGGCCAAGCAUCAGGAACCGAUCGUGAUAACUGUAUCGAAGGGUGCGUCCCUGUCUUCAAAGCAUGCUGGAGUCACUGUGCUGACAAUGACAUGGGGGCAAUUACAGUUGUAUGUGCUGAUGGAUGCUAUGAUGAAUUAGCCAGAUGCUCAAAGCAUUGCCCUGGAUUACCGACCAGUGUCGCACCACCACCAUGAUCAGUGCAGCUAUAGUUAAUUUAUAUACCUGCAGGGCCAGCAUAUCGUGCUGUUCCUAUACAACUACGUAUUGUUAUCUAUAUAUGCAGGAAUAGAAGGAAAAAAAAGGUUGUCACUUGAAGCUAAUUUGAACUUUGAAGUGCCCCCUUUUAUAUGAAAUUAUUUGCUAUCUCAUAUCCA